AUGCAUAACUUUCAGAAGCCAGAAAACGCCCUGAAGAGGGCAGCAGAGCUGAGAGCAAUAGGACAGAGCGACGAAGCACUGACAAUACUGCACUCAGCAAUAGGACACAAGUUCUUCAGAAUACAGGGAUGGGACAUGGUGCAGGAGCAGAUAAUGCUGGAGUACGUGGCACUGUGCAUAGACCAGGACAAGCUGAGAAUGGCAAGAGACGGACUGCACCAGUACCGCCUAAUCUCACAGCACGCAAACGUCGCCUCGCUGGGAAAGGUAAUCGUAGAGUUGCUGGAUAGAGCGGAGAAUAGACUGAAGAAAAUUAAGGAGACGGUGCCGGAAAGUGAACCACUGAAGGGAGGAAUAGUGGAGGACGGAAUGGAGUACGACGAGUCGCCAGAAGCACUGAUGGCAAGCACACUGCAAGUGGAAAUGAGAGACCCAGCAACGAAAUCACUGCACGACGUGUACAGGUUCCUCUGGGAGAUAUAUAAAAUGAUACUGGACAUCAUGAGAGCGACGCCGAAGCUGGAAAAGGUGUACCACGAAACAGCAAGAAAAGCAAUCACGUUCUGCAGAGAAAACGGAAGACUGAUGGAAUUUAAGAGACUGUGCGACGUGCUGAGAGGGCAUUACUCGUUUCUCUUGAAGGUGCAGAAUAAGCCGGAGAUGGAGUGCAUGCUGAAGCCAGAGCUGCACAUAGAGACGAGAAUCAACCAGCUAAUCACAGCGUGCGACAUGGGGAUGUGGAAGGAAGCAUUUAACACAGUGGAGGACCUAUAUACGCUUGGAAUCAGAGAUUACAUCACGAAGACGUUCCAAGGCUCAGUCUCAGUGCUGGGACAGCAGAAGGAGAAGCUGCUGAAGUGGCUGGCAAUAUUCUACGAAAAACUGGCGCUGAUCUUCUGGGUGUCAGACCUGCACCUAUUCCACGCACUGGCAGUGCUGAGAUACGUGAUGCACAUCAGAAUGUACAAGAAGAAGGUGGCGGAGGAGGAGAUAAGCUACCUGUGCUCGAAGGCAGUGCUGGCAGUGUUGGCAGUGCCGAACUACCAAAAGCACUCGAAGGCGACGGAGUACUCGACGUCGCUGGCGACCUCGACCUACGAGAUGCAGAAGAGAAUGUCAGCACUGCUGGGCUAUAACACAAUACCGACGAAGGAGUCGCUGCACUCGUCGCUGGCACUGAAGAAUGUGCUGCCGCUGGCAGACCCGAACGUGCAGAAGCUGUACGAACUGGUGGAAAGCAGCAACUCGAUGAAAAUGUGUGUGCAAAUGGUUCCACUGCUUAACAAGUUCGAAGAGAAGACAUCAGAAUACGCAGAGAAGGUGAAGAGUGUGGGCGUAAACGGAACAGGAGUGACGAACCUGGCAACAAUAAGAAGGUCAGGAGACGAUAGUCUGUACUCCUACUACGAGAAGAUCAAGAGCGUGGUCUUCCACAAGAUGCUGGUGAGACUGUCGAAAGUGUACGCGUCAAUGACAAUAGAGUUCUUCACGAAGUCGUUAUGUCCACCAGGAUUCUACGAGUGGAACCAGGCGGAAAAGGAAAUCGCAGAACUGGUGUACAGAGGCCUGGUGCACAUAAGGUUCGACUACACGAACAGAGUGUUCCACUUCAACCGCUCGGAAGUUAACUCGGACACAAUAGCGUCAAUAAGGCACCAGCUGACAGACCUGGGAAAAAAUCUGUACUACGCAAUGAAACUGCUGACCCCAGGAGACGAGAAUAAGACGAGUGAGCAGAGAAGAUUGCAGCUGGUGACAAUGAAAAAUAACAUAGAAAAGGAACCAUCGCAAAUACUGACGGAAGUUAAAAAGUUGUGCACGCAAACGUCUAAGGUGUACGUUAAGGGGAAGACGCUGGAAGAGUUGACAGUAGAUGACCUGAUCGACGGAGUAGUCAACUACGAGGACCUGGAAAAAGCACACGAAGAACACCUGCUGAGAGAACGACAAGAAUGCAUAAAGCAGAGAAAGGCAGAAGUGAGAAGAGUAGAUCACUUUUUGAGAGCAGUGAGAGAAGCGGACAUGGAGCUGUACGAAGAGUACAUGGAAAAGCUGGUCAAGGGAGACACGGAGUUGCUGAUGGAAGUGAAGAAGAAGAGAGAAGACAAGUACAAGGAGGACGCAGAAGCAAUGCUGCAAGAAAAAAACCUGUUCAAAACAGUCAUGGAAGAAAAGAAGGAGUGGGUGGAAGAACAAUUGGCAGAAAGAAUAGAAGAGUACGAAGAGAUGAGAGAUCAGCAGAAUGAAAGAUUUAAGAAGAUGCUCAUCUCAGAAAAAAUAGCAAGAGCAAGACUGAGAAGACAAGAAGAACAAAUGAGGUUGGAAGAACAAAGAAGACAAGAAGAGUUGCUGAGAAGGAAGGAAGAAGAGGAAGAACAGAGAAGAAAACAGGAGGAGGAACAGAGGAAAAAGAGGGAACAGGAGGAACGCAGAAGAAAGUUGGACGAAAUAGCGGAAAUACAGCGCCAGAAGGAACUGGAAAUAGAAAGAAGGUUAAUGGGAUCGUACGAACAGAGCACACAGCAGAGAGUGAGACCCUUUAGACAGGACAGCUACGGUAAGCAGGAAGGAUACGUGAAGCAGGAUAGCUUUGGAAGGCAGGAUAGCUAUGGAAAGCAGGAUGGCUAUGGAAAGCAGGACGGAUUCGUGAAGCAGGAUAGCUUUGGAAGGCAGGAUAGCUAUGGAAAGCAGGAUGGCUAUGGAAAGCAGGACGGAUUCGUCAGACAGGACAGCUUCGGAAGACAAGGUUAUGGAAAACAAAGAGAAGAGCACAAGGAAGGAAUGACGAGAACCGCGUCGAGAGAAGAAAAGUUCACAAGAACGUUGAGAGAAGACGGAAUAGAAAACCAUAACGUAAAGGAAACGCUGACGAGAGAACUGAGCAGAGAAAAGGGAACACGAGAUGGAAUCAGAGAAGGAUACACAAGAAACAACAACGUCCAGAGAGAAGGAGACUCGUCGGAGGACUGGAGAAACGAAAUUAAAAAAAAUGAAAAUAAACAGUACAGAGGAUUUAAUAAAAAAAUAGUCAAAAAGCUGAGCGACGACGAAGGAAGCUGGCGAAGAUGA